AUGGGGGGCAGGGGAGAGGGGGCCCCGCGGCGCAAAUGGGCAACACGCAGUCGGAGACGGCGCCGGGCUUCGCCGCGGCCAAAGCUAGGGCCGAGCCGAAGCCCCUUCGCCGGGGGGCCGCCGGCCCUGGGAGGGGGGGGCCUCCGCGAGCCCUUCGCGCCACCACCGCCGUCAUCCUCGCCGGUGCGGGCGCCCACCGAGCCGGGCGAAGGCGGCCGCCCGGCGGUGCCGGCGGCGGAGCCCGGCGGCGCGGAGGUGCCGAGCGUGGCGGCCUGGAGCCCGCCGGCGCCGGCGGAGCCCGGCUUACGGCGCUGGAAGAAGGCGCUGCCCCGCGGCCGGAGCCGCGGCCAGGCCGCCGGCACCGCCAAGGCAACGGGCCGGGCCGAUCCCGGCCCCGCGGUGCCGGCCGGCGAGGAGGCGGGAGCCGCUGGGAGCCGCGCGGCGCCGGGCUGGAGCUGGGACGGCCUGGCCGAGGCGGUGCCGGCGCCGGCGCCGGCCGAGGAGGCCACGAGCAUCCUGUACCAAGUGACCAUCGAGGCGUGCGAGGGGCAGCCCGUCGUCACGGCCGCGCGGCAGCGGGCCGAGCCGCUGGCCGCCGCGCGGCUCUGCCCGCCGUGGCUGGAGGCCGGGGCGCUGGCGGGCGCCACGGCCGGCGGCGGCGGCCCGGAGGAGAAGCUCGGCUGCCUGGGCCAAGCGGUGCUGGAGCAAUUCCAGAAGUUCAACGCGCCGGCGCAGCGCCCCGCCGCCCCGGCGCCCGCCGAGGUGGCCCGCGUCCUCGACAGCCUCGGCUCCAUCAGCAUCCAACCGCCGCCGCCGCCGCCGCGGGCGCCCACGCCGUACCCGCCGCACCGGCACCCCGCCGCCCGCCCGGGCCCCGAGCCGGCCUCCCCCUCGGCCCCCGGCAGUCCCCGCGCCGAGGGGGCCGAGCCGGAGGCGAAUCCCUCCGGUGAGCGCGGAACGCCGCCGCCUCCGCCGCCGCCGCCGCCGCGCCCGCCGGCACCGUUCCACUUCGAGGCGGAGACGGCGGCGUGCCCCGCGCCGCCCCACGGGGACGGGGACAAGGCCGGGGAGAGCCCGGCGGCGUUCCGGCGGCUGCCCGAGGCUCCGCGGCCGGCGGCGCCCCGGCCCCGCGUGCCGCUGGUGCCCUGCCGGGCGCUGGCGCGGGCCAAGGCCAAGCGGGCGGGCGCCAAGGCCAAGGCUUUGCCGUGGCAGAGCAAGGCGGUGCCCAGCGCCGCGCCGAAGCCGCCGGAGAAGCCCAAAGCUCCGGCGGCCAAGCCCAAGGGGCAGAAAUGCAAGUCGCCGAGGUGGGGGAAGGAGGCGCCGGCCGCCGAGCGCAAGCCGCCGGAGCAGGAGGCGGCAGGGGCAUCGGAGCCCCCGGCCCCCGCGUCCCGCUGGCCCCCCUUCCAGGUGGGGGACUCCUGCCCCCGGCGCUGCCACUGCAAACACCAGGACCCCCGGAGGCUGCCCCGAAACGUCAGCGCCUGGCUGGCCCCCUCCGCCAACCACCUGGCCGAGCCGCCCUGGGUCUCCACCGCCAUCCUGGCCAGCUCCCUGGUCGCCGGCACCGAGUUCCUGCUGGACGCCUACGAGGAGCAGGGAGCGGAGGAGGACUGAGCCGCGACCCCCCCUUCCAUUAAACCCCCUCCACCAGCUCCGCCGCUAAACCAGCGCCUUCGCUCGGGGAAGAAACGCGGGGGCGGGCAAAGCCCCCAGCACAGCCCCACGCCGCGGUGCCCGCGGGGGCCCCGCGGCAGCCCCAGAGCCACCGCCAACCCUU